AUGAGGAUCUACUUCCAACUGAACCUGGCAAAACGACGAUCCUGGAGAUGGAUCCAUUACUUUACAUACUACCUGACAACAUCUUUUUCGCCCACGAGCUAUAAUCUCGGUGCCUCUUUAGCUACCAUUGGUCUGACGUGGUGGCAUACCCUCAUUGCUGCAGUGAUAGGCUCGAUUUUCCUAUCAAUAAUUGUCGUUCUCAAUUCGCGUGGUGCGACACAAUACCAUGUUGGAUUCCCCGUCAUCGGCACUGCUGCUGGUGGUCCACGGGGCGCCAAGUUCUUCAUUUUCAUUCGCGGUGCGGUGGCUGUCAUCUACUUCUCCACAAAUCUCUAUUAUGGUGGAAUGUUGAUGGCAAUCCUGCUGCGAUGUAUAUUCGGCUCGGCGUGGGACAACAUACCUAAUCUUCUCCCUCUCAGUGCUGGUAUCACUAGCGCAAAUCUGCUGGCCUUCUUUAUCUUCUGGUUCUUCCAGAUGGGCCUGAUGUUCGUGCACCCCAUCGUUCUGAGACAUAUUUUCGUCGUCAAGGCCUUCUACAGCACCAUCGCUCUGGUGGCAGUUCUGGGCUGGGCUGUACAUCAGAAUCAUGGCUCGCUCGGUAGCUUUCACUUUGAGGGACAGGCUGUUCUUUCCGGCUUGCAACUUGUCUGGCCCAUGAUCUCGGCUAUAAACUCUAUCUGUGCUGCGCUAUGUCCCAUUCUUAUCAAUCAGCCCGAUAUUGCGCGAUAUGCACAAAGACCAUCUCAGGCCACUUGGUCUCAAAUUUCGGGGAUCUUCAUCAGCAAAAUUAUGAUCAUGUUCCUCAGUGCUGCAACUACCAGUGCUACACAAGGAUUUCUGGGUACAUCCUACUGGAAUGUGUGGGAUCUUUACAAUGCCAUAUUAACCACCUAUUGGGGCCCAGGUGCUCGUGCUGGCGUUCUCUUUGCGUGCCUCGGAAUGGUUCUUGCUAUCCUGGCUUCCAACGCUGGCACCAAUGCACUCCCCGCGGGCGCUGAUAUGAGCGGUCUUCUACCUCGGUAUAUCAACAUUGUUCGUGGACAGAUUAUUUGUGGCAUCUUAGGCCCUUUGUUAUUUCCCUGGAAAAUCAUUGCCGACGCAAAGAGCUUCCUGACUUUCCUGUCAUCAUAUACUGUCUUCUUGAUGCCCAUAUGCGGUAUUAUGGUGGUCGACUACUGGCUUGUUCGCCGGGGUAAUUUGCAUGUUCCGUCAUUGUACAGCCGGGAGGCAGGGACUCCCUAUACAUACUGGAAGGGUUGGAACCUUCGUGCCAUCGUGGCCUGGCUUUCCGGGACCGCAUUCGUCAUCCACGGUGUCGCUGGGGCCUUGGAACCUAGCCUGACGAAUCAGGCCAGUAAGGACAUGUACAAACUUGGAUUCCUGCUGAGCUUCCUCGUUGGCUCAAUAGUUUACUAUGCUGCCUGCUUGAUCUUUCCCGUGCCUAUAUAUCCCGAGGGAAAAGAGGGCAUGCCCAAGACUUGGGAGUAUAUGGCGGGCUCUGAGGGCUUCUUUGAGGGAGAGAGCGUUGAUACUAUCAGACUCAACCACGGUGCGAUCACUGGAAUUAAGCUCGAUGGAGGGACUGAGAAGGAUUUCUCCCUUACAUCGGAGAAGGAGAUUGUUUAG